AUGUCAUUAUCCACAGCCAGCAGUAUCCCCAGGGCGAGUAUCACAGACCUCCCCGAUGAACUACUUCUUCAAAUCAUCCCCUAUCUCGCAGUCGAGCCGCGCUUCGACCGGAGCGCCUACGGAAACCUAACAUCCCUCGCGACCGCGAACACUCGCUUCCCCAAAGUCAUUCGAACCACGUUUCACAAGCUCAAAGCACUUACCGUCCCACUCCCGAAAGCGUUCGCUUUAUUUCGAACACUCCGGGAUUUCCCCGCGAGUGAUUGGGCGGAUAAAGUCGAGUCUCUUAAAAUCACAAAUUAUGUGUCUCCUGAGGCUCGGGAAGCGAACUAUGGUGGCGACGAAGACGGCUGUAUGCGAAGACCCUGGAGUAGUGCCCGAGAACGUCAUCUUCGGCGCAGCUUGCGCGCUGGGCUCCUACAAUACGUGGAUGCGCAACGCCGGUCGAGCAUGCCGUCGAGGCAGUUCGCUAUCGAGACCGAAGUCGCUUUCCGAACCGAUUGCCUGGAUACUAUCCGGGACGCUGCAGACGUUAGCAACCGAAACAAGCGGAUGUGGGCAAACGCGCUCCGAUCAGCUCACAACAACGCUUUCCUUGCGCUGCUUCUCCUAGCACUACCAAAUCUCGCGGAACUAUUUCUCGGUGGCGGCCACAUGUUUCACUAUCCAAUGUUGCUCAGAGACGCAGACCCAUGGCAAGGACCAAUGAGCCCACAGGUCGAUGGCCGACGUCACUGGACCAAUGACCCCUCGACGCAACAACUAAGAGAGCACAAGUAUCUUGCCCAGGUCUUCGAAGUCAAGUACUCGCGGCUCACCAAGCUAGAGAUGCCAUGCUCUUGGAGUGACAUAACAAUCUCUCGGGCUCACCUAAUCUCGCCCAUAUACUACCAUUUUGAUGAUCUACAGACGUUGAUAAUCCCCGAGUCCGCGCUUCCACCUAGUGAAUUUGUGCGGACGAACGGACUAUUCUUCGCGGCACUACCGGUGACGCUCAAGUCUUUGACCAUUGUCGACUGUACGUAUCUUACUACGCAGUUUAUGGAGCGCUUGCUGAACGACAUCGCUGUCCUCCCGACCACUUUUCUUCCAGAUCUGCGCUUCAUCAGUAUAUACUACAUGUACCGCCUAGACCUGAUGUUCGGAUCCGCAGACAUCAUAUACGCAAAGUCACUCGGGAUCGAGAUGGACAUUUUCUUCUUGUGGAAAAUAGAUCCGAUGGACCCAUUAAUUGCUUCAGAUCUCUGGAAGAAGGUUUUUGCGACGUGGCUGGACAUUGGGUAG